AUGCGUGUCCUUGUUAUUGGUGGCAAUGGAGAGACUGGCCGUUUCGUCAUCGAUGAAGCAUUGCAGCGCGGCAUCAAGGUUACAGCCUUGAUUCGAAAUCCCUCUACACUUCCAGCCAAGGAAGGCCUAACCAUCGUGAAGGGCACACCAGUGGAACCUUCGGACAUUGAAAGGGCUUUCAACGCAGUCAAAGGCGACCUCCCAACUGCCGUGAUCGUUACGCUAGCAUCCCCGAAAGUAAAGGGGACUCGAAUCAUGACUACCGCGCACGAAAACCUCAUCGCUGCCAUGAAAAGCUAUGGUGUCGCCAAAAUUGCGACAUUGUCUUCCUUUGGAGUUGGGUCUUCGUUCCCAAAUAUCACUGUGCUUAUGAGAUUCGCAAUUUCCCACACCAGCUUGGGGCAUACAUUCGAGGACCAUCAUCAGGUCGAUGAGACGCUCAAGAAGAGCGGAUUGCGAUUCGUGUUGUUUAGGGCAGCGAGACUGACUAUGGGGAAAAAAGCGCCCGUUCGGUUCUUUAGCGACGAUGGGAAAGGACUCGGUGUUUUUGCGGGCUUGGGUGGGAUCUCGAGGGCUAGUGUGGCGGCGUAUCUAGUGGAUGCUGCUGAGAAGAGCACUUGGGAUCGAAGCACUCCGGUGAUAACGAACUAA